CAAAAAAAAGGAAAAUGGGUUGGCUAAACUGGAAAGAACGAUCCGAGACACUGAUAAUUUUUCCCUUUCAAAUCAUCACCAUCGUCCUCCUCAGUCUCUUGCUUCCUCUCUCCUUUCUCCUUCUCGCAAGACUAUCCUCCGCUCACUUUCUCCUAACCAUCACCUCAGCAAAACCCUCCUCCCCUCAUACCUUUCUCUUCUAUUUUUUCCUCUACACCAACUACUCAGCUCUUCUUUACGCUCUGGUCUCACUCAUCACCCUCGCCACUCUUGUCCACGGCUUGACCGGCAAGAUCACUUUCAUCAACGAGUCAUCACCUGGCCGAGUUGACCGACCUCAUCUAUACGCAGGAUGGAUUUUGCUCUGUACAUUACAAGUGUGCGUAGGUUUAGGCAUCGAAGGUAGCAUAGAAGCAGGAGUUGAAGGCUCCGACAUUGGUAUUAAAAGAGGUUUACUGAGCCGGAUUAUAUUUUUUCUGGGUCUGCAUGAGAUAGCGGUUCUAUGGUAUCGGACGGUGGUGAAGCCGGUGGUGGACGACACGAUAUUUGGGGCGCGUGGGGCGGAGCGGUGGGCGGAGAGGGUGGCGGUAGCGAUGAGCUUGGGGGGGCUGUGGUGUUGGAAGUUGCGGGACGAGGUGGAGGCGCUGGUUAUCGUGGCGGAAGUUAAGAAGGAUCUGGGAAUGGGAAUCGGAGUAGGUGACUUUGUUGGGUGGUGGUUGUAUUACCUGGCUGUGACGAUUGGGAUGGUUCGAUUGGUGAAAGGCAUGAUGUGGUUCGGGAUGAUUUUACUCUGUGAGAGGGUAAGAAGGGUUAAUAAUCAUUCUAAUAAUCACCCAAUUGGAGAUUUUGACGACAAGGUCUAAAUUUCAAUUUACC